AUGUACAUAGAUUGUGAUGAUGACUCUCUGUGGAGUGCCCUUCAGUUCUUCGAGUUUUGUACUUCUAACGAUUUUUUACGUAAAGACGCAUUGUACACGGUCAAAAUCUGGGAUUUUUCGGAAGUUGUUGAUAGGUUUCUCAGUUGCGAAUUUGAGGCUAAGAUACAUUUAAUUGUAAUUAUUUCUAAUAUAAUACAAUACCGCGGAUAUGAUAUGGCAAAGGUAGCAAUUAAGUGUGAUAUACUAAACGUGAUCAGUUCUUUCAUUCCAGAUCACAUCCGAUAUGCUUUGAAUGUUCUUGACGCGCUUAUCGAAAAGUACGCUGAACAUGAUCAAGGAAAAACCAUCUAUGAUCUUAUUAGUAAAACUAGUAUUAUCAAAGAAUUGGAAGAUGCUACAGAAGAGAAUGAUAAUGACGAAGAAUUCGAAAUGAUCAUUAAUUUUGUCAUUCGUUUCAACAACUUUGCAAAUAAAUGGGUAGAGUAA